AUGGCAUCGAAAAUAUCCUUCCAAGGUAACAAUGAUGGCUUGGAAGUAGGAAUUAACCAGGGCAAUAUCACAUUUACAUCCAUCAACAAUGAUGCCGAUCAGAUUUGCAUGCAGGCAUUGCGAUGUCCAAAUUCGCGGGCUAUCAGACAUCGAUUAACGCGGGAGAAAGAUCAACUCCGCCCGACACUGAUACAGUGGAUCAUCAAUAGCUCGCAAUAUAGAGCCUGGCGAGAUGGACGGGAAAUCGGCCUACUCUGGAUUAAAGGAGGGGCAGGAAAAGGGAAGACUAUGAUGACUAUCUUUAUCAUUGAUCAACUCUCUCGCCUGUUCGAUGACAGCUCGUCGAAAGAAUCACCCUUGGUGACUUAUUUCUUUUGCCAAAAUACGGAUGACGAGCUGAGUAGCAUCGCAGCCAUUAUCAAGGGUCUUAUUCUUCAAUUGGUUCAUCAAGAAGAGGCUGUCGCGAGGUGUUUACGCAACUACUGGGAUAUCAACAAAAGAACUUUCACGCAUGACAUGAGCUCAUGGCGAAUCCUGUGGAACCUCUUUUGGGAGAUGUUGGAUCGGUGCGAGCGCUCGCAGAUCUACAUUAUUAUCGACGGCUUAGAUGAGUGCAAAGACGACGACGUGGACAGCUUUCUCCGCAUGGUAGUCCGGAACGGGCUUGAUCAUCCUGGCAAGAUCAAAUGGCUACUAGCAAGUAGACCACUGGAUAGUGCUGAAAGGGAACUGCUGACUGGGAACGACCAGGCACAGGUUAGCCUUGAGCUAAACCAUGAAAGUGUCACCGAGUCAGUCAGGGCCUACGUCCAUGAGAAAGUAAAGGAACUUGAUCGACGGGCCAGGUACAACAAGAGCUUGCGACAAGAAAUCGAGAGCAAGCUUGUUUCCAAGGCCGAAGGCACAUUUUUGUGGGUCAGCUUGGUGUGCAAACAGCUAGAAAGUGUCCGAAGUGAGGAUGCUCUUGGUGCAAUCCAGGCCUUACCAUCUGGACUUCCUUCUCUGUAUCAUCGGGUAUUCAGCCAACUUCAAGUUGGCAGCCCGACAGAUGUAAAGGGAAGCAUGAUAUUGCUAAAGAUCAUGAACUCAACUUGCGGACCACAAACCUCAGUUGAUCCUUGGAAACUGGAAGCGCUGGCUAGCAUAUGCGGUCUUGUUGGCAAAUACAGCAGCAUCGAGGAGAAUGAAACAACCGUCAAAGCAUUGGUGGAUCGGUGUGCCUCCUUUCUUCAAAUGCAUGAGAGAACCGUUCGAUUUUCCCACCAGUCUGCGCGAGAUUUCUUCGUGAGCGACGCUGGAAAGUCUUUACUGGAUUCGCAAGAACAGUUCGGCCAAUAUGAACUCGCUAUGGGGUAUGUGUCGUUUUUAGACCGCCAUCUUAAAGUGAAUCUGCUGGACUUUUCGGGACCCGACAGCUCCCCACAUGAGGUCGAUCUCACCGAAGCUCAGACGACGUUGCUAAGGAAUGUGGCACAUGCAGCUACUCAUUGGUUGGGCCAUUUCAACAAUGCAGAAAAGACCUGGUCAAAGCACGACAAGCCUAUCGAGAAAGGUGUAUUCAAAUCAUUCGUACAAACGCGAUUUCUCGAGUGGAUCGAAUGUUUAAGUUUCUCAAACUCCCUCGCCGAUGAUGAAAGUGGGUUUUACACAACGAUGAAACCACUAGUUUGGCCCACGCAGUGGAAGGCUAGAGUGGAUGUAAUAAUCAUGCACCCAGUCGAGCAACUUAUGAAGGAGAUUCCCCGGAUGCCUGAACAUUGGGCGCCACAUGGAUUCGGGCCGUUUGCCUUUGCCAUAGACGGACGGUUGCCUUUUGUCAAUUUUGACGAUGACCUCGUUCUCAAGCCUCUGCAUAAUCAGACAAGAGAUCAACGGAAGACCCUUGGCAGUCGCUCGGGGCCAUAUUCAAUUGUGACAUGGUCUCCCGACAAUGGACUAAUCGCAUCUGCAGCUAUGGACAGCACCAUCAAAGUGUGGAAUGCGAUCACAGGUCAAAUCAAGCUGGAAAUCCCCCACAAUGCAGAAUCUGUGAAUGCUAUAGCAAUCACGAAUGAUGCCGCGAAGAUCGCCUGGAGCUCUGACAAAGACUCUGUGAUCAGACUUUGGGAUAGCGCGAGUCAGCAAAUAAAGAUACUGACAGGGCAUACCUCUUCAGUAUGUUCUUUGUCAUUCUCCCCGAACGACAGACAGCUCGUGUCUGGCAGUGUGGAUCACACCGCUAGGCUGUGGGAUACCGCUACGGGCAGCCAUCUGAAGACGCUGUCGGGUCACUCUGAUCGGGUCGGAGUCGUCACAUUUUCUCCGGGUGGACACUACGUCGCAUCCGGCUCCGAUGACAAAACUGUUAGGCUUUGGGACACUACUAGAGGUGGUCACAUAAAGACUCUGCAACCUCUGGGAAUCAUGGUCGAAGUCAAAGGGGUAUCCUUCUCCACGGAUGGUAAAUGGAUUGCCGCGUGCUCUUCCCCAACUGGAAUUCAAUUCUGGGAACUUGCCAAAAGUCUUAAUCCCUCGAAACUUUUCUGGCAUAGUCUUAGCCGAUAUCGGGUUGCAUAUCCAGAUCGUGAAAUCCGUACACCCUUCAAAGUCAGGGCCAUCCAGUUCUCACCAGAUGAUCGAUAUCUCGCAACUAAUAUGAGGCCGAUCUGGCUUAGAGGCAUAACCAGGUCUGGGGUUCCAGUAGAGCCUGGUCUUCGGUAUGAGCAAGGGUGGGUAUGUUCUGGAGAUUUGCGAAUCCUUUAUCUGCCAGAAAACGCUCUCGCAUUGACCUGUGAUGUUGAAGGUGAUCAGGUGAGAAUUGGAUUUCCGGAUGGGUUCAUUGUGAGCUUUGGCAUCAAUCUCGAAUCGCUUGCCCGACAGACUUUCAUGAUUAGAUAA